AAACACGUGUACGGGAAGUAGGAAAUAAAUACAGAGGAUUCGUGGUGCUACUGGAAAUAAGUGUGGCACCAUGCUGGAAGGCUACAGUCCUGUGACCCAGGCCCUGCUGGGGACCCUCUUCACGUGGGGACUCACCGCCGCUGGAGCCGCCCUGGUGUUCAUCUUCUCCAGCAGACAGAAGCGCAUCUUGGAUGGAAGUUUAGGAUUUGCAGCUGGGGUGAUGCUGGCUGCUUCUUAUUGGUCGUUGCUGGCGCCGGCGAUCGGCAUGGCCGAGGAUUCUGGGAAAUAUGGCUCGUUUGCCUUCGUCCCUGUGGCGGUGGGGUUCACACUUGGAGCAGCGUUCGUCUACUUCGCUGACCUCGCCAUGCCCCUUCUGGUAGGAAACCUCUCACACACACAGUGUAUUCUGCAGGGAAGAGAGUGUGUGUGUGUCGUGUGUGUUUGCAGUGGUAUGUGUAACAAUAACAGGAAACAGAAUUGAAGUUCACCUUAAAACUAGAGGAAAUUGUCUGGGUGUCAUCUCAUUAUUUUGUGUGAGCCAAUUCAACCCAAAUGGAGUGAGCACCGUUGCAUAAUA